CACACAGAGGCAGGAGGGAAGGAAAACUGAACAUUUCAUAAUUGGCUGUUCUGGAGAAGCGAGACAGACUGACGUCCCAACAGGCAUCUGCCUCCUCUGCUCUAAAAGCCGAGUGGUUUGUGGAUCGACCAGCUGUCCAUCCGGAGGACAGGAAGCAAGGAGGAUCCUCCAAAAUACAAGCAGAGGGGACAGACAUGCACAGGUGCUGCUGCAUGGCGAGAAAGAGAGAGACAGGAAGGAGGGCAAAGAAGAGGUAGGAGGAGACUGACUGCAUCAGAAGGCGAGAAGGAGCCUGAGAGCAAUUCCAAAACAGCUGUCCGGCAGAAGUGCAGCCUGAGGGGGAGACAUAAGACAGCGCAGUGUCAACAAGUCACAGGAGCAGAACAGCAGCCAGCCGCAGCAUACACACACACACACACAUAAACACAUACACCCCUCCCACCCACGCAUCCACGAGGGCUGCUGCAGUGCUUGGGGCACCAACCCCAAUCUCUGCCGGAUCUCAUCAGCAUACAUGAAAAAAGUGGCUGUUUGACCUCUCUACAUCUCCAGACAUCUGCAGUCCUGUGCGGACUCACGUUUCCUGAUCAAUGACAUGACUGCUGAAAAUAGUUUUUGAGAAAUUUAUGGCUAGUGGAUUGCUGAGAAUGUAACACAAGCUUCUCCUGGAACAUCCAGAAAAAAAGGAGGUUUUCUGCUCUUCUGCCCUUCAUUUCUCAGAUAUAUUUCACAGUUAGCAGCCAUGCCAGCGAAGGCACCCAUUUACCUGAAACCCACUAAUAAUAAGAAGGGCAAAAAGUGCCGUCUGAGAGAUAUUUUGUCCCCAGACAUGAUCAGUCCCCCCCUUGGAGACUUUCGUCACACCAUCCAUAUUGGCAGGGGUGGGCAGCGAGAUGCCUUUGGAGAUAUGUCCUUCCUCCAAGGAAAGUAUGAGCUCCUACCGGGGAAGGCAGAUGUCCACUCUCAGUUGGGCAUCCCAACUGAGUUUCUGAGAGCAAACAGCACCUCUGAUGCUUCCUUUGUUGAGACUCCAUCGCCAGUUCUCAAGAAUGCCAUCUCCCUCCCAUCUAUUGGUGGCAGCCAGGCACUCACCCUUCCCAUGAUCUCAUCUACUGGGUUCUCCAAGCCACCAGAGCCACUGGAGGACAUAGUAGGCCCAACAGCACCCUUGAAACCUAAUGCUGUUGAGGAAGUGGAAAUCCUGCAAAUGGAUGCUCUUUUGCGCUCCAUGGAUGUCUUCAGCAAUGAGCCUUCAUCUCCCUCCCCCCACGUCCAAUCAAAGCCUGACGUUCUCCUGGAUUUAAUGGAAAAUAAAGAAGAAUCAAUGUCUAAGGCAGUUGCUAAGGUUAACAAAAUGAACAGGAGUGAAAACAAGUACGACAAACUGUCUUCGUAUUGGAGUAUUGGCCACAGCAGCGGCAUCUACAAAGCUAACGGAAGCCUGAACAGCAACACAAGCAGCGACAGCUUUGGCAGCUUCAAUCGAAAAGGAGACCUGAAGAAGGAAAUGUGCAAUGGCAGUGGGAAUCUCAGUGGCAACUGCAAUGGUUAUGGAUACUUUAACAAUGACAUUACCCUGGGCUUGAAUGAGGAGCUCUCCAAAUGCAAUGGAGAGUGGGUGGACAGAGACAGUGGGGUGGAAGAGGGUCGCAUGUGUGAUUUUGAAUUUGAGUUUUCCAAGCAGAAGAGUACAUCACAGGAUUCCCUCACCCAGAUCACCGGGUCACUUCUCUCCCUUGAACUUGAUCUGGGCCCUUCCAUCCUGGAUGAUGUGCUCAACAUAAUGGAUAGGCCCACAGCGAAGAGCAGGCCUUGAGCUGUGUGUGGCCCCAAGAGGAGAAAGGGAAUUAUUAACUAUAGCCAUGAGACAGAAAGACUCAUAAAGCAAUCUAAAUGGUGUCUGGAUAUAUCAUUGUGAUGAAAAUGAGCUAUAGUUGAAAGAGCUGCUUAUGUUUUUAUUGUUGGAACACGUAACCAUUCUAGCGUCUGUGGAGUGUUGUUCAUUUAUUGUUUGCAAUGCCAGCAGCAUGUUGAAGAUGCAUGUGCUAUUGAUUUACAGCUAAAACACAGCCAUUGUGCCUUUGAUUUCCAGAUUAAAUUAAGUAACAGAUGAUAGAUCUGUGUUCCUGUGACUUCCACAGCAGUAUGUACAUGAUAUUCUUACCCGUAUGGAGGUACUUUGCUUUUUUUUUUUGUUUUUUUUUAAACAUAAUCUUGAUUCUCAGGCUUUCUUAUAAAUUUGACUUCAUGGUGUUUUUAAAAUCACUGCUCUGUGUUCGUCACAUAAUUCACUGGCCACAUUCAAUCAACAGAACACUAUGCAUAGUUGUGUUUCAAAAAUUGCAAGCCAAAUAAAGUCUUUUUGUCAUA